AUGUCAGGUCAUGCUGGUCUAAAGUCUUACUAUCUUUCUAAGAUAGAAGACCUGAUGCAUAAGGUUCAGCUCAAAAUGUCAGAAGUAAAACGCCUUGAAGCCCAACGUAACGAAAUGAACAACCAAGUCCGCAAUCUGCGAGAAGAAAUCCAGCUCUUGCAAGAACCCGGUUCCUAUGUAGGUGAAGUCGUCAAGGUCAUGGGGAAGAAAAAAUGUCUCUGCAAGGUAAAUCCCGAAGGAAAAUUCGUAGUCAAUAUAGCUAAAGAUAUCCCACUUGAUAAAUUGACACCAAACACACGUGUCGCUUUGAAAAGUGACUCAUACCAACUUCACAAGAUCUUACCUAGCAAAAUAGAUCCAUUAGUCAGUCUGAUGAAAGUUGAAAAAGUCCCAGACUCCACUUAUGACAUGAUCGGAGGUCUAGAUCAGCAAAUAAAAGAAGUUAAAGAGGUCAUUGAGCUCCCUAUCAAGCAUCCAGAAAUUUUCGAAGCUCUAGGCAUUGCUCAGCCUAAAGGAGUUUUACUAUAUGGCCCUCCAGGAACAGGCAAAACUUUGCUAGCGAGAGCUGUUGCUCAUCAUACUGACUGCACAUUUAUCAGGGUUUCAGGUGCGGAAUUAGUUCAGAAGUAUAUAGGAGAAGGGUCAAGGAUGGUGAGAGAACUGUUUGUGAUGGCCAGAGAGCACGCGCCUUCUAUUAUCUUUAUGGAUGAAAUUGACUCUAUUGGUGGGACAAGAAUAUCUGGAGAGCAUGGAGGAGACUCUGAAGUGCAGAGAACUAUGCUUGAGCUCUUAAACCAAUUGGAUGGGUUUGAGGCUAAUAAAGACAUCAAAGUUAUCAUGGCAACGAAUAGAAUUGAUAUUUUAGAUGAAGCUUUGUUAAGGCCAGGCAGAAUUGAUAGAAAAAUUGAAUUCCCUAAUCCUGAUGAAGACGCCAGGGCACAAAUUUUAAAAAUUCACUCAAGAAAAAUGAACCUAACUAGAGGAAUUGAUUUUAAGAAAGUGGCAAGCAAUAUGAACGGUGCUUCAGCUGCAGAGACCAAAGCUGUUUGCACAGAAGCAGGAAUUUUCGCAUUAAGAGAAAGAAGAGUUCACGUGACUCAAGAGGACUUUGAGUUAGCUGUUGCAAAAGUGAUGAAGAAAGAUACAGACAAGAAUUUAUCAUUUGCUAAGUUAUGGAAGUAG